CAUGGGGGUGAAACCAACAAAAAACAUCAAUUCCUACAGUGCAUUGCCAGUCGGUAAGCACUUCCUAUUUACGGAUGAUGACUUGGUCGCAAAUGAAAGGAUGUACACCUUAUUAUCGGGUCUGUACAAAUACAUGUUCCAGAAGGAUGAAUAUUGCAUUCUGAUCCUCGGCUUAGACAAUGCAGGGAAAACUACAUUUCUGGAGCAGACCAAGACUAAAUUCAGCAAGAAUUAUAAGGGCAUGAGUUUGUCCAAGAUCACCACCACUGUGGGCUUGAACAUUGGCACAAUAGAUGUGGGCAAGGCGCGCCUCAUGUUCUGGGACCUGGGAGGUCAAGACGAGCUGCAGUCACUGUGGGACAAAUAUUACGCUGAAUCCCAUGGGGUGAUAUACGUGAUCGACUCCACUGAUGAAGAGCGGCUGUCUGAAUCGAAGAAUGCCUUUGAGAAGAUGAUCAGCAGUGAGGCUUUAGAAGGCGUUCCUCUCCUGGUGUUGGCCAAUAAGCAGGACGUGGAGGGCUGCCUGUCGGUUCCGGAAAUCAAGACGGCCCAAGGAGUCAACGAAGGCAUCGAGUGGAUGGUCAAGUGUGUGGUGAGAAAUAUUCACCGGCCUCCCAGGCAGAAGGACAUCACGUAAGGCCCUGCACCCCUGCAGCUUCAGAGGGAUCAAGCCCCCGCUACAUGUACUGCCGAUCACUCCUGUUGGCCUGUCAAGAAGAAAACGUGUUGGGUUUUUUUGUAUAGCUCGCCUGUCGGAGACUUAAAUGCAUUGUGUUUGUGUACCUUUGUGGGGGUAGAAACUGACGGUGGUGGCACAGAUGCUGAUUGGACAAUCACCUGCAUGCCACAUAGUUGCUCUUUUGGUGUCUAGGCCUUUUUUCUACCAUGUGAAACUAGAUUGUAAUCUGUAACAGUAGCCGGCUUUCAAAGAAUAGCAUUUUGCGUAAUUUCUCUGUGUGACCCUGCACAUCGUGACCACAUCGGGGGUAGAACAGCUCAGCUAUUCAGCUGACUUGGUGGGGGGGGGAGUUUUUUGGU